AUGGCGAGCUACAAUUCAAGAGCCGGCGGCCAGUCUGCACGCCAGACGCGCGAGGAUGGCUCCCAGGCUGCUCCCAGCCAGGACCUUCGCGAGCUCCUGAGCGAUUCGCAGUCCAGUGACCUGAUUGACUUGGUGCUCAAUACUACGGAUUCCAUGGAGGCGCUGUUAUCUCCCCGCUCCGAGUCCGAUAUGAAGGAGAGCCUAACUCGUGCGAAUACCUUUGAUAGUGUGAAGGGAGAGGUGGAUCUGUUGGGUGACGAGCCUGAGCGACCACAGCGCCCAAAGAGACUCGUUAGGUCGGCAACAACCGUUGCGGCGGUAAAAGCGGAGGCUGAGGCAUCUCGACAUUUUAACUCCUGGAGAGAUUCGGUUUUAGCCAGGCUAAGAGAAGCUCUCCAUGUCACCAAAGAGAGGGCGCCGCCAAAACCCAUCCAUGAGCAGCAAUCCUUAAUUGACUUGGACUGGGUUGAACCUGUGCCUGGGAUGCAGGCUUCCCAGGGAAUCCUUCUACAGGACCUACCAACCGAAACCAAGAACCUAAUCAUUAACUCCCUCCUUCUGUUACUUUUAAGCCUGGAACACUAUAACGCACACUCGCGUGUCCUCCUGGUCCGGGUAGCUUUGGAACUCGGACUACAAGUCGCUGACGUAUCAGAACAUGAGAUGAAAGUCGCACAUGUGCUCUUGGAUAGCGUGAAAGAAAUGACUUUGGCUGAAGAAGAAAUCAAACGCAAAGCUGAUCAAACCAAAGCAAGCCGAAGGUGGAAAGUCGGUCUUGCAUCUGUGGCUGGAGCAGCGUUGAUCGGAGUGACUGGUGGACUGGCUGCACCGCUAGUUGCUGCUGGUAUCGGUACUAUCAUGGGAGGCCUAGGCCUCGGAGCGACCGUUGCCGCUGGAUAUCUUGGUGCCGUUACCGGUAGUUCCAUUAUAAUCGGUGGAUUGUUUGGUGCUUAUGGUGCCAAAAUGUCUGGAAGAAUGAUGGAUCGCUACGCAAGGGAGGUAGAAGACUUCGCCUUCCUGCCACUUGGUGCGACCCCAAAACCGUCUACUGACCCAACGGCAGCCACGCCUUCGUCUUCUGAUAAUCGGUUGAGGGUUACGAUUGGAAUCAGCGGCUGGCUCACGGAGGGAAUGGACGUGAUCACUCCAUGGCGAGUACUCGGCCGCGAUUCAGACGUCUUUGCUCUUCGAUGGGAGCUGCACGCCCUUCUGAGGCUUGGGAGUUCACUGAUGACGUUCGUAAGGAACACUGCUUGGACUUUUGCUGGAAGAACCGUAUUGAGUAAAACUGCCCUUGCACCAGUUGUGGGGGCAGUAAUGCUUCCUGUUACCAUCUCGAGAAUCUCAUACAUCAUCGAUAACCCGUUUAACGUCGCCAAAGUCAGAGCAGACAAAGCAGGCCAAAUACUCGCAGACGCACUAAUCAACAAGGCCCAGGGCGAGAGAUCCGUCACUCUGAUAGGAUAUUCCCUUGGGGCUCGUGUGAUCUUCUCUUGUCUUAUCGCUCUUGCCAAGCGGCGGGCGUUCGGACUCAUCGAAUCUGCGAUCCUAAUCGGUUCUCCGACGCCCUCUACUACUUCCCAUUGGCGAUUAAUGCGAUCCGUGGUGAGUGGGAGGCUAGUCAACGUCUAUUCUGAAACAGAUGGAAUCCUCCAAUUCCUAUAUCGGGCAAACAGCAUGCAACUUGACAUUGCCGGUCUUGAAGCAAUACCUGGCUUGAAGAGCGUGGAAAACUAUAAUGUCACUGAUAUUGUUAGCAGCCACUUGCAGUAUCAAUUCUCGAUUGGCAAGAUACUGCAGCGGAUCGGGUUUGAUCAUUUGGAUGAGCGUGAAAUAGAGAGACAGAAGAUUCGACUCGAGGUGAAUGAAGAGGAGAUGAAGCAUAUCGAGGAGGAACGGAUUGCUACGGCUGGUGCUGCUCGUGGAUCUAAGGAUUCAAUAGACCCGGAUGAAUGCCCUUAUCCUGACGUCGAACCCGAGCAGCUAGAACGGGACAUUGAAGCCAUCACCAUGGAACGCCUCAUGAACGCUCGAAUGGGCGGUAUCCAGCUUGAGGAUAACGACUCUUGA